CUUGCAUACGCGAGUCCCGGGAUGCGACGACAUGGGCGCCAAAGAAGAUCAGUCACUGCCAGAAAGGCGGAGGCCGUUCAGAACACGCCAGCAGACGGUCGCCUCCCCUCCUUCCAUGCGACUUGGCGAGGCGGAGAAGUGAGCGGGUGGGAGUUGUGUUGAGCAGUGCAGAAGCGCUGGGUUGGGUCUCUAUGGAUGAAGACGGAAGCAAAGGAGCCAGCUGGCCUUCCACACUGGGGGGAGGGAGAGAGAGCGCAAUGCGAUGCGCUCCGAUGCGCUCCGAGACAGCAAGUUGUCCUCGCUCAUUCUGGUCAUCUUUCCGCCCUACCUGCCACAGUUGGGCACCCUCCGGGAGCACUGUGCCCCAUGUCUCCCGCGAUAUGCAAGUGCUUCGGGGCCGUCACCCAUGGCCCGUCACCCACGGCUCUGCUAUCUCGCGCAUCUAGGCCCUCCCCUCACAAGGAGGAGGCAUAUUAGCUGCGCAAAGAACAUCAUGCUGCUUGGAGAUGCCUGGCUUCCCCAUCCUCCACCUCCCCUCGCUUUCCCUCCUGGACUCGGCGGAAACCCGCCCACGGAGGACAUAGCAGCAGACUGCGUCGUCGUGCGUCUUUCCCCUGCGUGUGGCCUCCCUCCUGUAACCGGCAUCAACCGCCCGAGGUCGCUUCUCUGGCCGCCGAGCUUCGACUCGCAGCCGUCCGGGGCCGCUCGCACCCCGCUGGGCGUCUAAGUGCUCAUCGCGAGUCGCUGGGCUUUAUUGGCACCUCGACCCCUCCGCCCUAUCAGCGUGCCCACCACCCCCCAGUCCCACCUCGGCCACCCCUGUCCAUCCAGCGGAUCCCGCUCGACCCGACCUGGGCAGCGGCUAUUCAAACCCAUCACGCCCCCUCCGACGGCGCUUUCGUCCCGAAAUCUCUCUUCCUCUGGCAGCUGGACUCAUAUCACCCACC